AACAUGAAACUCUUGAUGCUACUUUUCGUACUCGGCGCCACUAUUUUCUCCGUAGUUUCUUCUUAUUCGUCACAGGAAGCGGGUUAUCACAACUCCGUCCGAGAUAACCUUAGACGAUUUUGCGCUCUGGAAAACGGAUCUCAUUUUCGCUACUGUUUAAUAGUCAACGGGCUAAGAGAGAAUAUUGAGCGAUACCGCAACUGCGCUGAACAAGUGAAAUUUUUCCAUAUAUUGCAAGAGAUUGAUCAAUUCAUUUGCAAGAAUAGAACCGAACAGGAAUACGAACAAUUUAUGAAGUGUUUCGAACCCGCUUCUAACGCUGCCAACCGAAAUAAUCCCAGAAUUUUUCCUAUACUCGAGAAAUGCUUGCAGUUCGAGGAAAAUAUCGACGUCGGCAAAAAAUUUAUAUACGACGAGUACGGAAUGUAAAAGACGGCAACACUAUUCCUUUCCGUCGGCUUAAAUAUAUUAAAUGUUUGCAAAUAU